UGACUUAAGAAAACUCUAUCUAACUUACACACUCACAUUCCCAGUUUCUCUGCUUAACUUUAACAGCUGUCUCCAUGGUGUUAUGCAAAAUUCAGUGCUCUCUUGGGUGUCAGAGCCAGGCAUCACAGAUAAGGGUACAGUCUGUACUUCUGACCCUAACAGGGUUGGAGCUGGAUGACUGUUAAAGUUCAUUCCGACCCCAAACCAUUCUAUGGUUCCAUGUUGCUCGCUGUGCCAGAGGCCCAGAACAUGGAACCGGCUGCUCUGUGACAUCAGCCCAGGGCUGAGGGCUCUUCAGGUGCUGCGGGCACUGCGGCUGUGCUGGUGCACAGAGGCCUCACUCCCGCAGCUGACACGAGACACGGGCAGCGAUGCUGCUGCUCUGCCUCUUCGUCCUGCUGGCCACAUGCCGGCCUGUGCAGGGCAUGUGGAACGCCUGCGAGUAAGUGGCCCCAGGCUCUGGGAGGGAGCUUGGGCAGCACUUCAGGGGCUCCCUGGAGAGGGCCCACUUGGCCUCUGUGGCCAGGCCACAGCUUCCCAAACCCCACGGGGAAGCCUCAGUUCCUUGUGGACGGGCUCACACCCCGUGGCCUUCCCUGGCCUGCUGUCCCUGCACACCUUGUGGAGAGCUUCUGCUGGAGCAGCAGCAAGCCAUGGAGCAGAAUGGAAAUGAUUUUCUAAUUGCAGAGGGAGCUGUGGGCUCCGGCCCUUGACUUCUGAUGAUGAGCGAGGCAUGACACGCGUCGUGGGUGGCACAAGCGCCGAGGCGGGGGCCUGGCCCUGGCUUGUCAGCAUCCAGGAUUCCUCAGUUGCAGGCACGGGGCAUCUGUGUGGAGGGUCCCUCAUCAGCGUACAGUGGGUCCUCACGGCAGCCCACUGCUUUGCUGAUUCCAGGAACAUCAGCGCCAUGCGCCUGCUGAUCGGGGCCACCCAGCUGACUGAGCCGGGCCCUGGGGCCGAGGUGCGCAUGAUUAAGCAGCUGCUGGUUCACAAGGAAUACAAUUCUGCCGACCAGAGCAAUGACAUCGCGCUGCUGGAACUGAACGAGCCUGUCCAGUGCAGCCCCUAUGUCCAGCUGGUCUGCGUACCCAAUGCUACACUGAGUGUGGCACAGCUGGAAACCUGCUAUGUUGCUGGCUGGGGUGCCACCACUGCAAGAUCUCAAAAAACAAGUGAUGUCCUGCAGGAGGCCAAGGUCCACCUUAUCAAUGUCCAGCUCUGCAACAGCAGCGAGUGGUAUGGGGGGGACGUCCACACCCACAACUUGUGUGCUGGCUACCCAGAGGGUGGCAUCGACACCUGCCAGGGUGACAGCGGGGGUCCACUCAUGUGCAAAGACAACAGUGCUGACUUCUUCUGGGUUGUUGGAGUGACCAGCUGGGGAAGAGGCUGUGCCAGAGAAAAACGGCCUGGAAUAUAUACUUCUGUUCAGCACUUCUAUAACUGGAUUCUGAUUCAGAUGGAACUGCUUCCACAAGUAGAGUCUUCUCGGGCAUGGAGUCAUUAUACAACUGCCUCACAACCCUGGACUCAUCAUACAAACACCCCAUGGCCUACUCAGAAGCCAUGGUCAAGACCACCUUCCACUCCGAAUCCGUGGCCAAGACCACCUUCCACUCGGAAUCCGUGGCCAAGACCACCUUCCACUCGGAAUCCGUGGCCAAGACCACCUUCCACUCAGAGUCCGUGGCCAAGACCACCUCCCACUCAGAAGCCAUGGUCAAGACCACCUCCCACUCAGAAUCCGUGGUCAAGACCACCUCUCACUCAGAAUCCAUCACCAAGACCACCUCCCACUCAGAAUCCACUGCCAAGACCACCUCCCACUCAGAAUCUGUGGCCAAGACCACCUCCCACUCAGAAGCCAUGGUCAAGACCACCUCCCACUCAGAAUCCGUGGUCAAGACCACCUCUCACUCAGAAUCCAUCACCAAGACCACCUCCCACUCAGAAGCCGUGGUCGAGACCACCUCCCACUCAGAAUCCACUGCCAAGACCACCUCCCACUCAGAAUCCAUGGCCAAGACCACCUCCCACUCAGAAUCCAUGGCCAAGACCACCUCCCACUCAGAAUCCACUGCCAAGACCACCUCCCACUCAGAAUCCAUCGCCAAGACCACCUCCCACUCAGAAUCCAAGUUCGCUACCGACACCAGUGGAAGAGAGUAAGAGUUGUCCAUUUCCACUCAAGAAGUUGAUCGAAUUCUUCACUGGGAUCCGGGACCUCCUGAAGAAUCUACAGGUAGUUACAGAUUGAGCAGGAGAAUGGACAGCAUCCAGUGCAGGUUGCAUGGGACGGUGUCCGUUUCCUGCUGAGGCAAUGCCUGCUGAAUCAAAGGCCGCCUCAGUACCGAUGGCCCGCUCUGUCCUGCCCACAUUGUUCCUCUGCAUGUAUGUAAAUGCUAACGUUGACUUAGUUGCUGAAAUAAAGUUGCCUAUG